AUGGAACCAGAUGGCCCUUUGAUCAGUGGCAGAGACUUCUGUCCGGAUUCGGAUAUCGGUUCCAAGCUGAUCCAGUAUGCGGAUUUGCAUACGGAUCCUUGCACGGGUUUCACUUUGCUGUUCCCGUUGAAAAGCUACGGCGAGGAAGGAGUCGGCGGCAAGAUCCACCAGUCUCAUGCACCAUUAGCUGAUGACUUUGAGCUCAAGGUCAAGCUCCCGCGCGGUCACUUUACCUUCGCCGUGCAAGAGGCGAUGCUGUUCCCGACCUCCGCCAGCGAGUGCCCGACGCGAAGCCCAAUUCUAGCGCCAUCCAUGUCGGCAGCCACAUCUCGGAGCCACAUCUCGGAGCUUUUGGAGCUCUGGGUUUGCAUCGAACCCGCUCUGAAGUUGGGCCAGCGCAGUGUUGUCAUCCAGCUCGAUCUGGUGGUCGGCAGGGGAGCGAAGGAUGAUGCAUGCAUGGUACAUAUCUAG